GCUUGUAGUUUUCGUAGAAAUCAACAGCCUGUCAUUUAUGAGUGCUGAUGUGUAAUGCGCCAAAAGUGUCGGACUUUAUGGAAAUUUUUGCUGUAUUAUUCAAAACAACAACUUGAACAGAGUAACUGCAAAUGCGCGUGAUCUUUGCUCAUUUGAGAGUCAUCGGUUGAUGUGUCCACUGAAGUUUCCCGAGAGUCAGAAGCUGAAACGAUGAAGUCGAGUGGCGCGAUGAAACUCGGCGUCGGAGGAGUGGGUCUGUUUGUGUUUGGAGUUACUUUUGGAUUGGUGAUAUUUCCCGAAAUUUUGAAGUUCAUGGUCCACCAGCAAGUCAACUUGAAGCCAGGAUCGCAACUACGACCACUGUGGAGCAAGUUUCCGUUUGCUCUGGACUUUCGAAUCUAUUUGUUCAACGUAACAAACGCCGAGGAGGUGAAAAAUGGUGCCAAGCCGAAAUUGCACGAAGUGGGACCUUACUAUUUCGAGGAAUGGCAGGAAAAGGUCGACCUGCAGGACCGGGAGGACGACGACACCGUGGACUACACCGUCAAAAACAAGUGGUUCUUCAAGCCAGAGAUGAGUGAAGGACUCACUGGGGAGGAGGAGCUCAUUGUACCCCAUAUCUUUAUGCUGGCUAUGGUCAUGACAAUAGUCAGAGAAAAGGCUUCGAUGAUUCCUCUCGUUAGUAAAGCGGUCGAUAGUAUUUUCAAAAAUCCCGACAAUGUGUUCGUCAGGGUGAAAGCUAUGGACGUAAUAGUCAAUGGUUUGCCAAUCGAUUGUACGGUGAAGGAUCUUGCUGGCUCUGCUGUCUGUUCUGAAAUAAAAAAGAACUCUGACGAGUUGAUGAAAGAUGACGAGGAUAUGUUUCGGUUUUCACUAAUUGGAGCGAAAAACGAUACACCCACAAAGAAGCGGCUUCGUGUUUUGCGAGGAGUCAACAAUCAAAUGGAUGUAGGAAGGGUCGUGGAAUAUGAUGGAAAACCAAAUAUAUCGACGUGGGGUGACAAGUACUGUGAUACCUUUAAUGGGACUGACGGCACUGUCUUCCAUCCCUUUUUUAAGGAAAAAGAGGAUAUCGUAUCUUUCGCUCCUGACAUCUGUCGAAGCUUGAGCAUUGGCUAUGAAAGGCCGAGCUCAUACAAAGAGUUCAACACAGCACGAUAUACGGCAUUUUUGGGUGAUCCAAAUACGAUCCCAUGGCAAAAAUGCUACUGCCCACCACCGGACACAUGUCUUGGGAAAGGCUUGAUAGACACCUACCGUUGCACAGGUGUCCCCAUAGUCCUAUCUCAUCCUCAUUUUUACCUGGGCGAUGAAACUUAUCUGAGAAUGGUCCAUGGACUAAAUCCAUCGAAAGACAAGCAUGAAAUCUGGUUGGAGUUUGAACCAUUGACUGGUGUUCCAUUGAUCGCCAUGAAACGCAUUCAAGUCAACGUGAUGGUUCAGAAGGUAGAAAAAUUCAAAAUCAUGAAAAAUUUUCCGGAAGCUCUGCUACCACUUUUUUGGAUCGAAGAAGGAGUAGCUCUGCCUGAUUGGUUUCUCGAUCAAAUAAGAGGUGAACACACGAUGGUUGCAGUUGCAUGCUAUUUACAAUGGAUAUUGAUGAUUGGAGGAAUAGGAUUAUGUGGAAUUGCUGGAUUGUUACAGUUUGAAGCAAAUCAAAAGUCGAAAAAGUUUGAAGUCACAAAAGCUAGUUGAAAGUAUUACUGAACCACAGACUUGAUUCUUACAAGAAAUAACAACUAUAUUUAGAAAUUCAUAACAAUAUUGCCAAAAUAUAAACGUGGAAACUUGUAAUACUGAGUUAGAAAGAAUUAAUACUAUUCACUAGUACCAAUAUCCUUUGAAAUUGUAAUUAUAGUUAUAAAGAUAUUUUAUAAAAACCCUUUAUAUCAUCGAUUGGAGUAAAUGGCGUAAAAAAUAACGCCUCGUACGAAAUUUAUGUCACAUUUAAAUGACUGUUCAUUGAU